GCCUGACAUUGGGUACGCUCAUCAUUCCUGACCCCACAGUUUCAACUCUUUUGUGAAAGAAAACACUUCAUGUGUUUUGUAAGGUUGCUGAAACCUGAACAUGGACGAACAGAAGGACAACCAGGCUGACCACCAAAGGAGCAGCACGGAGAACAGCUCCAGAAAGCAGCAGCCAAUCACUGCCUGCCUGUUCAGUGCAGCCUUCUUCGGGGCCCUUGGUUCUUCUUUCCUUUAUGGCUACAACCUGUCAGUGGUCAAUGCACCUGCUCUGUACAUUAAAUCGUUUUACAAUGAGACGUGGAUGGAGAGAUACGGCGAGCCCCUUCCAGCAGAGACAGUCACCCUUCUCUGGUCCGUCACAGUGUCCAUAUUUGCCAUCGGAGGUCUUCUCGGAGCUCUGUCAGUCACCAUAAUCAUUAAAGUUUUAGGAAGAAAGGGAACAUUGCUGCUGAACAACAGCUUUGCUGUGGCAGCUGCUCUGCUGCUGUCGCUGGGUGAGAUGUCGAGAUCAUUUGAGAUGCUCAUCAUCGGUCGCAUUAUUAUAGGGGUGAACUCUGGUAUAGCUCUGAGUGCACUGCCCAUGUACCUGGGGGAGAUUUCCCCGAGACACAUCCGAGGUUUUAUUGGCCAGUUCAACUCCAUCCUGAUCUGUCUGGGAGUGUUCAUAGGACAAGUGCUGGGGCUGCCGCAGCUGCUGGGUCAC